CAUUCACUGGAGACACAUGAGUGGCCCGAGGCUGACGGAAAGAAGCAGGUUCCCAAGAGGUGGAAGUGCCCGGGGUCCGUCGCCACCUCCCAUUCAGUGACAGUGCCACUUGUUGGGGAGCCAGGCCCUAAAGAAAAGGACUCGAUCCUGCUCCCACAGCUUCUGCAGGGACUCCCGGCGCUGGCCCUGGACCCGUCCUCCCUCCUGCUGGAGGUCCACGUGCCUCCAUCACUUUUAGGGAUGAGGGGACCUUUGAGGAAUGGUUUCUCCAAGGGUGGUCCCCAAAGGUCUCUGCUGGAGAGGUCUGCCCAGGACCCUGUUACAGACAUCUGCCACGUCACUGCUCCAGCUUCAAGAUCAUCCCUGAGGCCUACAAAAGGUACAUCACUGUCCAUGGGCUUCUGCCCACUGCCUCAGCCCUGGGAACCUGGUCCAUCACCUCCUGCGCCCCUCUAAGGCUCUGGGCCCUGAGCCAUGCGCCAGAAAAUUGUCAUCAAAUGAAGCGAUGUCUUGUCCUCAGAAACCUCUUUCCUGCUCUGACUUGGGGCUCUUAAUGUCUCCCCCCACCCCCUCACCUUCCGCUUCUCCUGUCAUCGCUGAUUUUUGUCUAACCCUUUCCUGUAUUUCUUUCCCCAUCUUUUCCCUUAGUUCCUACUGGUUUUGUUUGUGUUUUUUAAUCUAAUAAAAUAG